UUGCUGGUCGCGCACUUCACCCCAUCAGAGAAUGAAUGGGAGCCUUUGGUCGAUACGGAGGGUGAGGGUUGCCACAAUCCAUCGAUUGUGGAGUGGGGCGAAGUCGAUGACCGACGCAUCUUUAUGAUGGCUCCCUGCACGGAUGGCUCAUAUUACGUAUACAGGUCUUAUACGUCUUUGAAGGCUUGGCGUGACGGUGCGCCAAUUUCCCGCGUGUGGGGCAACUCACGUGAUAGAAAAGGGGAGGGCGUGCGAAGUGGUUUCAUCACUGCAACCAUCGAUGGAAAGAAGGUGAUGCUGCUCACCACGCCGGUGUAUUCUGAGGAGAAGGGAAAGGGUCAGCUGCAUCUUUGGAUGACAGACAAUGUCCGUGUGCACGACGUUGGGCCGGUAUCCAGUGAAACUGAUGACGCCGCCGCCAGCUCCCUGCUUUACAGAGCUGACCAGAAGGAGUUGAUUUUACUGUACGAGAAGAAGAGCGGAGAUUCAUACAGUCUUGUCGCCGUGAGCCUGACUGAGCAGCUGGAGCAGAUAAAGAGCGUGGUGAAGGCCUGGAAAGAUAUGGACACCGCACUAAAAAGCUGUGCUUCCACUGGCACUGUUGACCCGCGGAUAAAGAAUGUGUGCAAGGGCCCUAUUCCCACGGAAGGGCUGGUUGGCUUUUGGUCCAACAGUUUGGAGGGGAAUUUAUGGAAGGACGAGUACCUCGGAGUGAACGCAACGGUGCAUGGUGGGAAUGUGGCAGGCACGGAGGGGGGUGUGAGGUUCCGAGGCGCAGCAGCGGGGGCGGAGUGGCCGGUGGGCAAGCUAGGGCAGAACCAGCCGUACUACUUUGUGAACAACGAGUUCGCUCUUGUGGCGACGGUGAUGAUUAACGCGGUACCGAAGGAAGCCAGCACCCCUUUGAUGGGUGCGAGGAUGAAUGACAAUGCCGGCACUGCGCUCUUUGAGCUGUCCUAUACGAAUAAUGGGAAGUGGAGGUUCAAACUCGGUAACGCUGAAGCUGGAGAGGAUGACGAUGAUGCCAAGUGGGAGCCAAACAAAACUUAUCAAGUGGUGGUGGAAAUGAAAAUAAACGAGUGGUAUGUGCACGUUGACGGGAACAAUAUAUACGACUACGAAGAAGAUGAUGAUGACACCGUUUCUGACGGGGUGGAAAGGCUGUUCAAGUCGCACCGGAUCUCGCACUUCUACUUUGGCGGCGACAAUGUGGCGGUAGGCACGACGACCAGCCACGAUGUGACGGUGUCCAGCGUCCUGCUGUACAACCGCCUACUAAUCUCUUCUGAGGUCCCACAACUUAAUGCCAACAAAGUCGCACUUCCAACACCAGCUGCUGAGGAACCAAAACCUGAAGAGGAGGAUUCUCCUGGGACUUCUGAUGAUGGUGGGAAUACAGAUUCUGAGACGCCGUCUAACGGCGACCUCAAUCAGGAAAACCCUCCGAACACAGGUCUGAAUGUCGCCGACAUGAAUAAUGGUGGGGAUGCCUCUUCUCAGGCACCGGAAAUUUCACCACCACAUCCAGCGCCCCAGCCCUCAACAACUGAACAAAAACAGUCACAAGAAGAAGACGACGACAUAUCUGCGGGGGAGGAUGAAAGACCACUGCCAUCAAAGGAAGAAGACGAGGUUGACGAUAGAGCCAUUGAUGAUGCUGAAUUAUAUUUUGACGGCGAAACCCCUGAAGGAGUGGUUGAUGAAGAGGAGCUGGAAAAAGAAGGGUUACGUGGCGAUGUUGAAUCGGAGUCUCCGUCGCCUUCAUUGUCGAAGGUGAGCGCUGGUGCUGAUGGACCCGGCGACGGUAAGGCGGAUGCCACUGAGAACGUCCCUUCGCAGCACGAGCCCGACGGGAACCAUGUGCAGCAAAGCAGUCAGCCUCAGGUUGAAAAUGAAGAAGUGCCGUCAGUGAACCCGAAGACGUCAGUGAGAAGCAAACACUCGAUCUCGAAGCGGAGACCACUGCUUCAGGUGCGGCGGUGGCCCCAGGCGGCAGCCCUGCUGCAAACAGUGAUGCUGGGGAUAACCCUCCGGUGCCUGCGGAGCCCCCACAACCACCGCCGCCGUCGAGUGGUGAGAACGACAGAGAAGCUGCGAAGGAGCAAACAAACGAUAACGCAGCAGGUGCCGCUCUACCAGGCGCUGGCGCCGCAGCAAGCGGAGCUGCAAACCCCAGUGAGAAGCACACGCCUGGCCCCGAAGCGGAGGCCGCUGCACCUGAAGCGGCGGCGGCCCCAGGCGGCAGCUCUGCUGCAAACAGUGACGCCGGGCAGGCUCCCACGAAGGACACAAGCGACAUUUCUCCGCCUGGCGCAGUUGGGGUGCCUAAUGGAGACAAUAAGAAGGCAUCGCAGGGAGCCGACAACGCCCCGGCUAAUAAAACUGCUCCACCCAAACCUCAGGCGAUUCCCCCGACACGCAACGCGGCAUCGCUUUCUGGCAACGUCUCCGCUACCUUCAAGAACAUUACUGGCGUGA